UUUUGGGCGGUGGUGGCAGGAUGAAAAUUCAGUGUAACGCGUGUGAGAUAGCAGAGGCAAAAGUAUUGUGUUGUGCUGAUGAAGCAGCACUUUGUUGGUCAUGUGAUGAUAAAGUUCAUGCUGCAAAUAAGCUUGCUAGUAAACACCAGAGAGUGCCUCUUUCUGCUUCAUCUGCACCCAUGCCCAAGUGUGACAUUUGCCAAGAAACUGUUGGCUAUUUCUUUUGCCUUGAGGAUCGGGCUUUGCUCUGCCGAAAAUGUGACAUCGCUAUUCACACCGCCAAUGCUUAUGUCUCAGCUCACCAGAGAUUCUUGCUGACUGGAGUCAAAGUGGGACUUGAACCUAUCGAUCCUGCUACAUUAGCAUCCUCAGGGAAGUCACAUUCUAUUCAGAAGGUUGUGGAGCAAGAAUCUCCUCCAAUUCCUAAGAGUACUACUCCUGUGUCAUCACAUGCUCAGUGUGACGGCGUAUUACCUGUCCAGACUAGUGGGACUGGGGAUCUUGCACCUGGUAGACUUCCAUUGGUUGGAGGUUCUGCAGCUGGAAUCAUUCCACAAUGGCAGUUUGAUGAACUUCUUGGAAUGGGUGAUUUCAAUCAUAAUUACGGAUACAUGGAUUACGGGUCAUCUAAGGCUGACAAUGGAAAGCUUGGAGAAUCAGAUAACUCUCCAAUCUUGAGAGAUGCUGACGCAGAAGUUGAAGGUGAUGAGUGCUUUAGUACUGAGGUGCCAGAUACAUGUUGGGCAGUGCCACAAAUUCCUUCGCCGCCAACAGCUUCUGGACUAUACUGGCCAACGAAAACUUUCCAGAAUCCAUUUGAUGCUGGAGUGUUGGAAUCUGACCUUAGUUGCUUCCCUUCGCAGAACAUCCAACAUCAACAAUCAAAUGGUUGUGGUUUCAAAAGGAGAUUUUACCUCAAUGGAUCAUGUUAUAGAAGACGCCAGUGGGUUUCCCAGGGUAUCUGAAACCAGCUCGAUAUCUUCAAAAGCUCUUCACGGAUGGAAGGAGGUAUUUGCUCGGACUUCAUGAUAAACAAAGUGGCAUACAUGUGGGGGUACUGUCUGGUUUUGCUAUCACGUGAACGUUGGAGUUGGUCCAGUUUUUGAUACCUGCAGUAGCUAUCUAGGUCUAUCAUAUGUUCAAGUGUAACAAGUUCUGGUAUCAAUAGUUUAGCCGCAGAAAAUAGUUUCAUCGUUCAUGUUAGUUACAGAAUGGUGUUAGUUACAGAAUGGUGAUACGGUAAGAGCUUUUUGUCUCCACUUGUAGCGCUACCUAUAAAUAACAGGCACUAAUCAGCUUAUGAAUGAUAUCUGUUUUGUUUCU